AGAAAACCCAAGGGAGAUAGAUAGAAAGAAGUUCAAAUGGGAUCAGCUCCAAAUGGAGGAGAUGACAAGGUGGUGGAAACAGUGAUGGUUGGAAGGUACAUAGAGAUGGAGAGGGAUGGUGAGAACAAAACCAUGAAAUCUCGUCUCUCUGGUCUUCUUUGGCAUGGUGGCUCAGCCUAUGAUGCAUGGUUUAGCUGUGCUUCCAACCAGGUUGCUCAGGUGUUACUAACAUUGCCAUACUCCUUCUCCCAACUGGGAAUGGCCAGUGGGAUCACAUUACAACUCUUUUAUGGACUCUUGGGAAGUUGGACAGCCUAUCUCAUCAGCAUCCUUUAUGUGGAGUAUAGAACCAGGAAAGAAAGAGAGAAGGUGGACUUCAGAAACCAUGUUAUUCAGUGGUUUGAAGUGUUGGAUGGACUUCUGGGAAAACAGUGGAGGAAUGUGGGGUUAGCGUUUAACUGCACCUUUCUUCUCUUUGGUUCUGUCAUUCAACUGAUUGCUUGUGCUAGCAAUAUAUAUUACAUUAAUGACAAGUUGGAUAAGAGGACAUGGACAUACAUAUUUGGAGCUUGCUGUGCUACCACAGUGUUCAUCCCUUCAUUCCAUAACUAUAGAAUGUGGUCAUUUCUAGGUUUAGUCAUGACCACCUACACUGCUUGGUAUCUCACCGUUGCUUCUCUCCUCCAUGGCCAGGUUGAGGGAGUGAAGCAUUCUGGUCCUACGAAGAUGGUCCUAUACUUUACAGGAGCCACCAACAUUCUCUACACAUUCGGAGGGCACGCUGUUACAGUGGAGAUCAUGCAUGCAAUGUGGAAACCCCAAAAGUUCAAGGCCAUAUACCUGAUGGCAACGUUGUACGUGCUAACACUAACACUACCCUCAGCCAUAAGUGUCUACUGGGCCUUCGGCGACGAGCUACUCAACCGGUCUAACGCGUUCGCUCUGCUACCACGCACGCCAUGGCGCGACUCUGCCGUGGUGCUAAUGCUGGUGCACCAGUUCAUCACCUUCGGCUUCGCCUGCACACCGCUCUACUUUGUUUGGGAGAAAGCUAUAGGAAUGCACGAUUGCCCGAGCAUUUGCAAGCGCGCUGCUGCGCGCUUGCCCGUUGUGAUACCGAUCUGGUUCUUGGCCAUCAUAUUCCCAUUCUUCGGUCCUAUUAACUCCACUGUUGGUUCUCUUCUUGUUAGCUUCACUGUCUACAUCAUCCCUGCUCUUGCUCACAUGUUCACCUUCCGCUCUGCCACUGCUCGUGAGAAUGCGGUCGAGCAACCACCAAGGUUCGUUGGAAGAUGGGUUGGAUCCUAUGCGAUCAACAUGUUAAUUGUGGCAUGGGUCUUUGUGGUUGGGUUUGGGUUCGGUGGAUGGGCUAGCAUGACUAAUUUCAUCCACCAAAUUGAUACAUUUGGUCUUUUCACAAAGUGUUACCAAUGUCCUCCACCGCCACCACCUCCACCAACAAUGCCAUCUAUGCUUCCUGCUCCUACUACCAUUGCACCAAUUCUAUCACCAUUAACUUCAAGCACACAUAACUACACAAGCACUGCAGCUAUUUCUCCGUCUCCGGCUCCGUCCCCGGCUUUUAUUGUUCAUCAGCUUCUCCGUCAUGGCCACCACCACCACCACCAUAGGCCGUGAACCGGUUCAAGACAAGCUCAAAUGAAAUGGACUCGGUUUAAUUUUGUCAAGCUAGCAGAGAAGCUCCUAGUUCAUCAGUAGAACGUAGUAGUAGAGAGUUUAAUGGGCAUUGUUGCAUUGGACUAGAGAGUACUUCUUAUUUGAUUGUUCAAAACAAUACUGUAUUACUCUAAUGAAACAGG